UGCCUGUGAGAGCCACGUGGUUCUGCAGAAAUGCCUACCACGUAAGCAGAAGUUUGAGCGCGUUUGAAACCGGCCGGAAUAACAAAGCGUAUUACUCGAACCCGCGCCAAACCCCGGGGGCGAUUCUCUGCCAAAGUCGACGGGAACUCAAGACCCAAAGAGUACGAGGUAGCGAUUUGGGUGCUGCAGUGGCUUCUAAACCGUAUCACGAUGAUUGGAUCAUGUUGGACUCUGCAGUUGUCGCACCACAUCAUGCAGCGAAAAUUGUUUUCAACGACCACAGCGUUGCAGAGUUCAAGUUCAUCUGGCUUAGAGACUCGUGCAAAUGUCAAUUAUGCGUUCACGAGGCCACUGGACAAAGACUACUCGACUCAAACAGCUUGGACCUCAACAUCCGACCCAAGGAAUUGUACAUCAACGACCGGGGCCAGCUGGAAAUAAUUUGGCCAGACGCCAGUCAGCAAGAAAAGCAUCGCAGCAUUUUCGACGCGUCUUGGCUGUACAGAUACGGUCAAUGUUUCAUGGAGAACACGUACGAACAGCAAGACGUUGAACGAAACAGACCACCGAAAGAAUUGUGGGAUCGAGAGAAGAUCAAAAAGCAAUUCCCGAAAUUGAGUUACACUGAGUUUCAAAGUGGAGAUGCGGGGUUGAGGAAAUGGCUCGAAUACAUCCACAUUUUCGGCAUCGCCGUCAUUCAAGGAGUUCCUACUCAAAAUCAGGAAGAGGUCAGAGAAAUUGUAAAUAGAUUCGCGUAUGUUAAACAAACAGCAUACGGGUUGACCUUUGAUGUGCUUGCUGAACCUAAGGCAGCUCAUUUGGCCAAUACCGGUCGGUAUCUGGAACAUCAUACUGACCUGAAUUACCGAGAGAAAGCACCUGGUCUCCAACUUUUGCACUGUUUGAAGAGCGAAGUCCUGGGCGAAGGAGACGAAGAAGCAGCAGGAGGCAAGUCCUUUUUCGUGGACGGGUUUCACGUGGCCCAGUGGCUGGAGGACCACGAGCCAGCGGCUUUCCACAUCCUGACUUCGACUCCCCUGCGCUUCCAAAUCAAGAUGGAUGGGAAGAGGUACUCACAGCUGUGGCCUGUGAUUGCACUUGACAGUCACGGAGAUUUGGCAGAGAUUCACUACAACAACAGAACCAGUGGGCCGCUUCAAGCGCCCAAUAACGUCGUGAUUCCCUUUUACCACGCCUUGAAGAAAUUCGUUGACAAAUUGAGAGAUCCAGCCUCAGAGUUGGUGUUUGCAAUGUCACCUGGAGACGUUGUGGCCUUCGACAAUCGGAGAGUUUUGCACGGAAGAACAGCAUUCAAUCCCCGUCGCAUUGCAAGGCAUCUGAAAGGCUGUUACGUCGACAUAGACGAAGCUUAUUCAAAAUACGACUCCCUACUUUGAGCGAAGAAUGCCCCAAACUUCAUUUCGCCUGCCGGUUAUAAGUGACCGAAAAAAAACAACAUUCAGUCACGUGUUUGUUGUGAAAUUAUUUAAUCCUUGGGCGAGAAAUGGUUUGAAAAUCACUGUUGUGGAAUAUUGUGUCAAAACUUGACCGUGUGCUGUGCGAAAGUUCUAUGCGUGACGCGCAUUGCAACAUUUAUGGCGAUGUUGUAACAUAACAACAUAUAAAUUACACAGUACUUAUUUUUUUUUUAUGAUCGACGUGCUUGAAUUUUCGCACUUCGUCGAAACGAAACGCAGUUUCGUAAAAUACCACGUUUAGUGAAUUGCUAAACUAUUACUUUUGUGAGGGUGCAGUAACCAAAUGUGCAUCAGUGAUUUUGUUUGACAUUUUGUUCUCGCGAGAAAAUGAGUGCGAAUCGCGCAUUUAUUUUUAUUUUCGCAAACAUUUUUUGAACUGAAGCAUGUUAAUGUUCGCAGUGGUUUUCAACAGUUCUCGGACCUGUAAAUAAAAUUCUUUUAAAUUUUUUGCAAUGGAUUAUAAUUCAACUAUGAUUUUAUAAAAAAAGCCUUCCGUGUGUUAAUUUUGGUCAGCAUUUUUUUCAUGGAUACUGGAGUAAAUAAAUUUAGUGCCAAGAUUUUUUUUUUUCGAAGUUUGAACCUGAAGAAAUGUCUGAGGAAUGAAGUAAAGGUGACAGGAAAGUCUGAAAACUCGAUGCGUGAAUCACGGAGGAAUUGGGAAUUUUUUAAUUUUAUUUU